GGGUGGAGGAGAGAGAUGAGGAUGAAGGUGAAGAGGAUUUGCGGGAUGGAGGGGUGCCCUUCUUCAUAAACAGGGGAGGCCUACCGGUGGAUGAGGAGACUUGGGAGCAGAUGUGGCGGCAUGUGGCCCGGAUUCACCCUAAUGGUGAGGCCAUAGCGAUACGCAUCCGGGGAGCCAGUGAUCUGCCUAAGGUAAGAGCAGGUGAAAUCCUCACCUAGACACCCUACUCUGUUGUUUUCAGUUUGACAACUCUACAGGCUACACGCAUAGUCUUUUUCAACGAUGUGAAAGUAAAAAAUAAUCAGCUUCCCCCCCCCCCCCCCCAGUAGUAUACACAGUUUCAAUAUGUAUCCUAGUCACAUUUACCGUAAACCAUAAUUCAAGAUAAACAUGCAGUAAACUGUUCAGGAGGUUAUAUUGUCCCAUAACAUAGGCCUAGUAUAUUAUGCUACAUGCUUAGUUGGAUUCACACAGAGAUGGAGUGAAGAUAACCCACUAUGCAGAAUGAUUGUAACUGACUCAGUUACGACCCUUCAGAUAACAAGUGGAUGAAGCUGUCAAAAUAUGCAGCAUUUCAAACCACACAGAUAAACAUGCAGUCAUAACAUGCCAAUAGAUGUACCAGUGCUGUGCUGUCCAGAUGAGGUUAAAUGCUACCUCUGUACUCAUAAGGAAUUCAAUUAAUGUAGCAUUGUGUAACUUGCUAUACAGAACAAUUAAGAUAAUGACCAUGGUUUAUGUUGCUCAUAAAGGAUGGUUGUUAAGUUAAACAAGAGGACAUUCUCCAGCUCUGUGAAUAUAGGGAUUGUGCGAUACUAAUGCUUCUGGUUGUGCUCUGCCUCUGCCCCAUAGAUUCCUACACCGAGUGUGCCUACAUACCAGCCAACCACCAGUAUCCCACAGCGCCUGGAAGCCAUACAGAAAUACAUCAGGGACUUGCAGUAUCCUUUGCCUGGAAUGGUAGAACUGCUUGGUCACUAUUACCAAGCUCUAACCCAGGUACCCUAGAUGAAGCUAUGACUAUUCAUUGGAGUUGUUGUUGGUCAUGGUCAGUUUCUGUAUGAUUGACAGGUUGGGAUAUACAGUCUAGAUAACAGUUUAGGUCAAGACCAGACUUGUCUCCAUUUCAACAAAAUAUAUAGUAGGUUGAUUAAACAUGAAUUAAUGUGUAAAUAUGUUCAAUUCCAUGCCUGAUGCUAGGACACUAUGCUUUGGAUUGGAAUUCAACAUGUCUCUUGAAAUAUGUGUUAGCCAUGCACUCUAUGUAUUUAUAAAUAAUUCAUAGAUAUAGGCACAAGCUGAUGUCAUGCAAACUGGGCCACACAGUAGAUAGUAUGAAAAAUGUAUGCACUCACUAACUGUAAGUCGCUCUGGAUAAGAGCGUCUGCUAAAUGACUAAAAUGUAAAAUGAUGUCAUGAAGAAGAUUAUGGUGAUUGGUAACUCACUGAGGUCCUUUGUAGCCUAGUUGGUAGCAUGGCGCUUGUAACACCAGGGUAGUGGGUAUGAUUCCCUGGACCACCCAUACGUAAAAUGUCUGCAAGCAUGACUGUAAGUCGCUUUGGAUAAAAGUGUCUGCUAAAUGGCAUAUAUAUAUAUAUAUAUAUAUAUAUAUAUAUAUAUAUAUAUAUAUAUAUAUAUAUAUAUAUAUAUAUAUAUAUAUAUAUAUAUAUAUAUAUAUAUAUAUAUAUAUAUAUGAGCAGUAAAAUAGUUCAUAAGUAUUUAUAGUUGUCUGACUCGUUCAUUCUUUUAGUACAAUAUCAAUGUAUGCCACAACAUCUCAGAAUGUAGGCCAUAUUUAGACUAUAACAUAUUUUGAGCAUAAACAUUAGUAGCUCUCAGCUCAAAAAGCUCAUCCAUAAUUCACAAACGAGGAACUAUGAAUAUCAGAAAGCACUUAACGUGGUUCAUUCCCCAUGAGAAUACGUUUAGUGCACAUUUCCCAUAUUGUUUCACUCCCUCUGCAUUUGUAUGUACACUGAACAAAAAUAGAAACGCAACAUGUGAAGUGUUGGUCCCAUGUUUCAUGAGCUGAAAUAAAAGAUCCCAGAAAGUUGCCAUACGCAUAAAAAGCUUAUUUCUCACAUUUGUUUACAUCCCAGUUAGUAAGCAUUUCUCCUUUGCCAAGAUAAUCCAUCCACCUGACAGGUGAGGCAUAUAAAGAAGCUAAUUAAAUAGCAUUAUCAUUACAUAGGUGCACCUUGUGCUGGGGACAAUAAAAAGCCACUGUAAAAUGUGCAGUUUUGUCACAGAACACAAUGCCACAGAUGUCUCAAGUUUUGAGGGAGUGUGCAAUUGGCAUGCUGACUGCAGGAAUGUCCACCAGAGCUGUUUCCAGGCAUAUGUUAUGGACAACAAACACAAUUGCAUACUAUCGAUGGCAAUUUGAAUGCACAGAAAUACCGUGAUGAGAUCCUGAGGACCAUUGUGAGGCCUAUUUUUUUUUUUUUAAAGGUAUCUGUCCAACAGACUCAUAUCUGUAUUCCCAGUCAUGUAAAAUCCAUAUAAUAUUAGGGCCUAAUGAAUUUAUUUCAAUUGACUGAUUUCGUCAUAUAAACUGUAACUCAGUAAAAUCUUUGAAAUUGUUGCAUGUUGCAUUUAUAUUUUUGUUCAGUGUACUUAACAAUAUCCUACAGGUACAAUCACACGGGAACACAGUUUUUUGAAAUCAAGAAGAGCAGGCCUCUUACUGCGUAAGUUUCACAGUCUCUUCUAUCCCAUUCCUGUUUCCUAAUCUUUUGUUUUAGGUUAGCUCUUAGAUCAGUGGAUCAUGGCCUUGUAGGGAUAUUGUAAAUGUCAGACAGUAAGCAACAUGACCGCUACCUGCCAGAGAGAAUCUCAGGGUUUGGUGAAAUAGCUUUUCCUGGGACCGCAGAGAGGCCACAGAGGCAGCAGACAGAGGAAGUAGCUGAGCAUGUUUACCAAUUGCUUUCAUAUUGUGCUGAUCAUGACAGAAGCUGAAGGAAUUGGAUAUCUGGAUCAGCUGUAUGUCUGUUGCCCCAAGGGCUUUGCGACCAGAAACUGUUUUCUGUUUCCCAGGCAGAAGCUUCUAAUGCAUUUUGCUUACUCACCCUCAGUUCAUGACAUUUAGCACCAGAUGGUUUUAUUUCAGUGUCUCAUGCAAAAUGCCAGUUUUAAUAAUCAAAUGUAUUUAUUUUUCCUAAAGAAGUUAGUCAUUUUCCUUAUGCAUGCACAAAGAUAACCUGUAAUAUGUACAAAUGUAUUUCAGGCAAUUUAGAAUCCAUGUUUAGAAUUGCUACCUUUUAGAGUAGACUAUUUUGUUGCCUUGCCUUUGGGUGUUCUAACCCUUAUAUUCUGUGAAGGUUGAUGGACAUUGCCAAGGAGAUGACCCGGGAGUCACUGCCAAUCAAGUGUCUGGAGGCAGUGAUCCUCGGGAUGUAUCCUUUCUUUAAAUAGCUUAGGUGUUCCAUGUGAAAACUGUAAUGACUUUCUUAUGCCACUGUUGUUACCUGCACAUAAACAAUUUUCUCAUCUAGUACACUCAGCAGCUCGAGAUUUGUCAAUGGGGGGAUAAAUGAUGACCUGGAAAUGUGAGUGCUUGUGGGAAGCAAAAAAAUAACCUGGAGUGAUGCCUCAGAGUGUGGUAACAGGGAUUUAGAGACAAAGCUUUAUGGGCACAACCAGGGCAUCCAAGUAUUAUGUGAUUAGAACUGACUAGCGUGCUUACAGUCUGAGACUACUGUAUGCAAACUAAUGUAUUCUUGUCUUAAAAACAGAUCAGUGGAGCUUGAAAACUAUUGUUGUUUAUGUUACCCUGUGAAGGGGCACUCCAAUUGGAGCAUGCAACCAGGGUUAGUGAUAAUAAGGUUUUUCGAUGUCCUUGACCUUACCUGUCCCAGUUACCUUACCAACAGCAUGCCGGGUGUGGAGCGCUUCCCCCUCAGCUUUAAGACGCAGUUCUCAGGGAACCACUUCUGCCACAUUGUGCUGGGGGUGCACAGCGGGGGCCGCUUCGGGGCGCUGGGCAUCAGCCGGCGGGAGGACCUCAUGUUCAAACCCCUGGAGUUCCGCACGCUGGCUGACCUGGUGCAGGAGUUUGAGGGGGCCUACAGGGGCUACUGGCAUACCCUGAGGAAGGUGAAGAUUGGUCAGUAUGUGUCCCAUGACCCCCACAGUGUGGAGCAGAUAGACUGGAAACACUCCAUCCUAGAUGUGGAUAAGCUGACCAAGGAGGAGCUGCGGAGAGAGCUGGAGAGACACACCCGGGACAUGAGGCUUAAGGUACACAGAGACCCUGUGUUAGAGACUGCAGGAAUGUGAUUGGAUGUAUAGAACUAGGGCAGGACAUGUGCACACAUCUGGGGACUGAGAUGGAAAAAUGUCCAUGAACUAAACCAUGUUAGGGAUCCAUGAAACAAACCUGUCAGCUUCCUAAUUAGAGGAUUCUAGUGAUUGCGUUCGAUCCAACUGGCACUGAACUCCUAGUAGACUUCUACAGUACCAGUACAGAAUUUAGAUUAGUGUCAAAUUAAAUUGGGAUACAUCUGAGCGCCAUAUGUUUCUGAUUCAUGUGAGGGUAAAGCACCAGGGGAAUUUGAAUGUGAAUCCAUCCUGAGCAGAUGGAAAGCCCCUCUUACUCUGAGAUUCUGACUCCUUUUGACCCUCUGUCUCAUCAUGCAUGAUGACAUGGAGUUGACCUGCCAUUUCAGGAGCUAUCAUCCGCAAAUGAUGAUCUCUCAUGCGCUAUCAUCCCAAACAGUAAUGAAAGGAUCCUUAAUGCAGGGCCCUGUGUAUAAUAUAACUAAUGGGAUGGCUUUGCUCUGCUCGGUUGUGCGUCACGUAUGGCUGCCUCUAUCAAUCAAUGGCUGAUCUUUUAUAGAGCUGGACUCACAAUCACAUUAAAGAUGGAGGAUUUUACCAUCAUCACUGUGCCUCCUUCAGCACGUUAGGGCCUCUCAUUGAGCAGCUCACCUUAGGACUACUCUAAGUAAUUGAAAGCUGAUGAUCAGUGUUUGUUUGCUACUGACUUUCCUUCCACCUCGCUACUCUGCAUUUAUUGAUGUGCUGUAUUUUGAAAGACAAAUGUUUAGUAAUUGGAGUCUUACUUGAACUGCACUUCUCCUUAGUCUGUACAGAGGAUAUGACCAUAACUGUUUGUGUACCUCUUGUUUGUAUUGCCCCUUGUUGUUAAUGUGAGGUAAACAGAACUGUGUGAUUGUCUUUCAGAUUGGGAAGGCUGCGCCCCCUUCGCCCACCAAAGACAGGAAGAGUAACAUGGGCUCGCCCCUCCGUAACCCGGGCAGCCCCAUGCGCAGGAACAGCCGCAUCGAGAGACGGUAAUGCUGAUUGUGCACUGUAGUCAGAUAUCAGGAGAUGCUUAGUCUCACUAUAGUCUCUCUGACAGCACAGUAAAUACUCAUUAGGUCAAUAAACAAGGUGCUAGCUGUAGUGGAGAGUGCUCUGCACUGAUCUGAACAAGCGCUAGAGGCUAGAUGUCCUAUGACAUAGUCCAAGAGGAAUCUCUGAACAGUAAUCUUUCAGUUUUAAUCUGUGUCAUGAGAAGUCAUAUCUUUUUUUCUUUUUUGGGGGGUGUACAGUCCAUCAGGAGAGAAGAAAGUUCUUGAUCCGAAGUCACCUCCAGACAUGAAUGGAUAUCAGAUUCGAGUGUGAGGAAGAUUUCACUUCAUAAAAUCAUCCUGCAAAACAAGACCGUAGAAUGGUAGGGUUCUGUCCAACAAAAGGUUAGUUCUGGGGAAUGGGCUUUUGUGUUCAUAUUCGAAAUAGGUUUGUACUGUGUAAGCAAUUAAUUUAGGGUAUUUUGCAUUCAAUAAACGUGGGGUAUACUGUACAGAGCAUGGCCAUGUCAAUAACUGAUUAUUGACUAAAUGUAAGUUAAAAGCCUAUAAUUCUAAGUUCUCACAAUGCUCAACUUAGGGGAUAUCAAACACUUGUUUUACACAGCCAAAUCCAUUUCAAUUAACGGGCCUAACUGUUUGGCCUAUUCACAAGAUCUCUUUGAAAAAUAGAUUAAGUCCCCCGCAACUUCUUUCCAAAAUCGUGGCAUGGGCCAUUCAUCUGCCCUGUGGUUCUUUGUUGCUACCAGGCUUUUGUAAAGCCAGAAGCUUGGUAGUGUAGUACAUUCUACAAUAGGAUUGGUUCAGACAGCAUUUAAGGGUCAAACAGGCAUUGAUCAUGUUUAUAAAGAUGCAGGGUUUUGUUAAUAUGCAAUAUUACAUUUGGCUUAUUUCUUAACAUGUAAAGUUGUGCAAUUGGACAUAUCAUAGAAGAGAUCCAUGUUGUCAAUCAGUUAUUAAGAAUAACAAUUAUUUUGAGGAUUAUGUGCAAUCUGUGUCUCCAUGUCGUACUGUAAGUGUGUAAAUACAUUGAACCUUUAACCUUUUAGCUCUGCUGGACAGUAACUGCUUUGUAGUGACUAGUUUGCGAUCCACUUACCUUGUGCCUUUUAUGAACAUUUUAAUGGACAGUGAUAAAGAAAACGAGUAUUACUGGGUGAAUAGUUUUUUCAAUUUCACUAGGAAAAUACACUGUACAAUCCAUCUACUCUAUCCCAAAUAGCCGGUAAACUGAGCUAUUUACACCUUACCCUGUGUUUGUGUGUUCUGCUAUGGAGAUGAUGCAUGUGAUUGAAUAUGGGGUAAUUCAGUGUACAGUAGUCUAUUUAAACAUUUCAAAGCAUGAGAAGUGUGAUAUGUUUUAGGAUAGUAAGAGAAAGUGGUCAACAGAAUUUUUGAAUUCUAUGGUCACUCACAAGACAAAAUCUCACACUCUCACAAAAUGACUGUGCAACUCAGAGCGAAUGGUGAAGUUGCAGCUGAUAUGGUUUGACCUUAUUUUUGAGGAAAUUGAGACAUUUUGAAGGCAGCAGUUACUUUUUAUAUUGACAUUGUCUGAUAUAUUUUAGCCUUCGUACAGUAUAAAUAACAUUAUUCUUAUUAUCUUAACACAUAGCCUUAGUGUGGUUGUCUAGCUAUAUUUAAUAUUUACCAUUUUUAUUAAAGGUGCAAAGAGAUUUGUUUACAAUAUUCUCAUCUGCAUUUUUAAAUGACAUUUAGGCCAGAGCACUUGAGAAAUUGGAGUCUGCACCAUUUUUGAAAAUAUUACCACAGAGCACAUUGAUUGGUUGGGAUUCCUUGAGUCCUCUUUCAUUUCGACACCAUAAACAAAGAGGUUGUUGUCUUGCACCAAAAGGUGAAUUACCUUUUAUCACGUAGUAAGACUUUCUAUUGAUUUAGAAAUAAACUCUCCUCCCCAAUUCAUCUGUUGUGUUGAUUUAGCUGAUUUAUGUCAUGGGUCAGAUGGCUGUGAGUUUAUUAGAGCUUCAGCUACAUUAAGAGAUCUACAGAAUGCAACAAUGGAUCAAAUGUAGAGCUAAAAUCAAUGAAUACAGUAAUUAAACAGGGUGCUGAGGACAUGGAGGGCACACUGCCAGUCUACAUGCCAACCAAGAGUCCAAAUUGGGCACAGUGUGCACUCAUCUGAAAGACCUCUGCCACACAGCGACGGACAAUACAAAGAAUAGACGACGAGCAACAAACAUUUCCACCUUUGAUUGUCUACAAAGAAACCUUAAUACAAAUCCCAUACUGAGGAUCUGUGCACUGGGGGACUAUACAUUUAUAAGACAAUGAACAAAGACAUCUGGUUGCAGCUACACUAAUUAGAAUAACAUUUUCUGUAUCUUCUCUGUUGCCUGCUGGUACACUGUGAGAACUCCUAGCCAAUUUUGGCCUUCAAGACAUCCUUAACUGUAAAUCACAGCGGGGUUUUUAUUUACUAUUUUUCACUGCAAUUUAGUGUUUUUGUUCCUUAGUGCAAAGAUGAUGUGUGAUGACAUCACUGAGAUUUUAUCUAAGGUGGAAUAACAAGAAAUAUUGUAACCAGAAAUCACCUGUACGGCUUUGUGACACUUGAAACUGAAAUAAACAAGCAACUGGUAUUUGACUAGAUUUGUUGAAAACAAAUGGUGUAACAUUGAGUGAUU